AUGAAGGAUGAACUGUCAGAGAUCGCUGCCUAUGCUCGGAUACCCAAGGACAUGGCAAGUCCGUAUGAGAAACUCCGGCUCAGGCACUUCGACCCAGAAGCCGAGUUCGUCAGUAAGAACCAUAGCAAUGAACGGUUCCAGAUCCGAAAAGAAGACCUCAGUCCAUACGGGUAUAUCCUCGGUAAACUGCCAGUACUGCAGGUCUACAGCCACAUCAUGCUUUCUUUUGCCAUGCCUGAGGGGGUGUCACAAGACACUAUCAUCGCCGAUCCCGAGGCUGCAGUGCGCCAGAUCCGAUCCCAUGUGCCCUGGAUGGCCGGCAAAGUUGUUAAUGUUGGUAAAGGCCCGGGAAAUCCAGAGCGAUAUGUUGUUGCACCACGCCCUCCCCCAGAUCCUCUGAUUGUGGUGCGCGACUUCGCACGCCUUCCCUCUUUACUCGGAAAUUCUGUGUAUAGGUACCCAUUUCUCAUAUCAGACUCGCGUCUACUAGCCCCAACAAAUGCCUUUCCCCCGCGCUUCAAGGAUUUUGAAGAGGACACGUUUCGGGUAAUCCGCCUUCAGACCAGCUUCGUCGAAGGGGAAGUCUGA